ACCUAAUGUUUUUUGUCCAAAUAUUUUUCCAUUCAAUCUAAAUGUUUUUUGUAGGACUAAUACGAUUUGUGAAAAGGAAGACAAGAUCACAUUGAUGUAGAAUAUAAUUUGUGUUCUUCAUAGUGGGAGGGCGACAAAAUGUUCUGUGAUGAAUCUCUGUGAUCUCCAGUGGAAGUGAGUGACAGGCAAUUGAGCGGUUACGCGCAUAGGUGUGUACCUCAAGGAGUUUCAGCCGACAUCGACAGAGCAGAGUGGGUUAUCAAAGAAACUGCGAUUCUCCGUACAACAGAGUAGCAGCGAGUGGGUGAAGUGAGGAAUAAGACCUCAGCAUGCCGUCAUACGAUAAACAUAACCCCCCUUCCUACCCAUACCACCCAGGCAGCCGACGCCAAGAACCACGGCACAGCCAUCUCCAGCGGGUCUCCAACCCGGCCAACUCCUACUAUCCCGAUGAGGAGAUCCUCCACUUCUACCGCUGGACCUCUCCUCCUGGGGUGAUGAAGAUUAUUUCCAUCAUCAUCAUUAUUCUAUGUGUGGCGAUAUUCGCCUGUGUGGCAUCCACGCUGGCCUGGGACUACGAUAUGGACAUGAUGGGAAUGGGCGGAGGCAUCGGCAUGGGCACUGGCAUGGGCACUGGCAUGGGUGGAUACGGCGGAAGUUCGUACGGUGGCAGCUCUUAUGGUGGCAUGGGCAUGGGCUCUUCAUAUGGCGGGUACGGAACCCAGACCAGCCCCGAGGCAGGGAAAGGCUUCAUGCUUGCCUUAGCAGCCAUCACAUUCAUCGUGGUGCUCAUCAUCUUCGUGCUGGUAGUGUCACGGCAGACCACGGCCCGCUCGCCCAAGUUCUACCUGGCAGUCAUCAUCCUGUCAGCCAUCUUGGCAGUGUUGAUGAUCAUUGCUACUAUAGUGUACAUGGUGGCGGUGAACCCCAUGGCCCAGUCAUCCGGGUCGGUUUACUACAACUCGAUAAUACAGCUGUGUGCCCAAUACCAGAACCAGAAUCAGGCAGCCCAGGGCAUCUUCAUCAACCAAUACCUUUACCACUACUGUGUGGUGGAACCUCAGGAGGCCCUAGCUAUGGUCAUGGGUUUCCUAGUAUUUGUGGGUCUGAUCAUUCUACUGGUAUUUUCGGUAAAGACACGUCAAAAGAUUUUACGAUGGGGACCAGACAGAAUCCUUUGGGAGGAUGUCAAGCUCAUUAGCGAUGGCCUGCGAACACACACCAUUGGAGAGUGGGUGAACAAUGUUUCUGGGGAACCUGAUGCUCUGGUGAAUGACUAUAAUAGUAAGCUGGGGGGUUCGAGGAAUUACCUGGACGCCCCACCAGACUACAGCAGCAAACCCAUCUAUCUACCAGGGAGCUCCGACAUAACAAGCUCGUUGGGUGGCCUGAAGAGCAACCUGAGGGACUAUGAUACCGGAGCCGAAUCUGGAGGAGAGGAUCUGGAUGAGGCAAACUUAGACAUUGAGUUCCCAGCCAUCCUAGAUGAGCGGGAACGUCAGGACUACAAGAGGGAGUUUGACCGGGACCACCAAGAGUACAAAGAGCUGCAGGCUGAGCUGGAUGACAUAAACAAAGGCCUGGCUGAAUUGGAUAAGGAACUGGACAGGCAACCGGAGGGCAGCCCACAAUUUUUGGAUGCUAUGGAUGAGUACACACGGCUGAAGAACAUUAAGAAGACCCCAGACUACCAGAUAAAGAAGAAGAGGUGCAAGUACCUGAAAGGCAAACUGUCCCACAUCAAAAGAAGGGUCAGCGAAUAUGACCAAAGACCCUGAACCCGCACAUAUUAACACCAGUCCAGACCAACUGUCCAUAAAGCGUGGACUCUGCCCAUCUGUCCGUAAACGGGCUUCUGGUCUAAGAAUCUAGCCCUGGCAGAAGGAAAUCAUGAAGACCAUAAUUGGAGAAGAAUGUUAAACAUGUUAAUGUAUAAAGUUGCUAAUUUUCCUUCUCUAAUAACUUUUUUGGGAGAGAAUUCUCUUAAUGUAAUUUUUUUUAACACUUACCUCAUUUUAUAAUUUGAGACUGCUCACCAUCUAUAGUAAAUACGGAAACGUAUGGGACUAUCAAUAUUACAUUCUCAGGGAAUGAACUCAAAUAUUUUGUGUGUAGAAAUAAAUAGCUUGUGUAUCCUUAUGAAAUGUAACUAUUUUUUUUAAUCCAUUUUACAUAUCAAUGUUGUUUCUUUUACAUUAUAUAGCAAGCAAAUGAACAAUGCUCUCCAUUUUUCUUGUAUUGGCUGUUUUGUACAUUUCUACAAAUGUUUAGUCAUUUGUGAAAAUUGUGAUUCUUUUUUUUUAAAGAAGAUUUGUCUUUCAGUUAUUUUUUGGGACAUACAUAUUUGUAUUGUGAUUAAGACCUAUUAAACAGAUUCCUCAAGAGUAGUCUGAGGUAAGGUAUUGAUUAUACAGCUCCCAUUGUAAGUAUGUAGCGGAUUUUGAUUGUGUAAAUAUGCCUUUGAAAUAAAAGAUUAAUUAACAAGAA